UGGACGCCGCUCGAGUUUCUUGAGGAACUCAUCGGAGAAAGGAGAAAGGCAGAAAGAGGGAGAGAAGAGGUGAACGGCGAGGACGGAGGGCGAAUCACUCAGCCAUCAUCCUGAUUUUCGGCUGCCACGGCUCAGACCCAGCUACAGAUGGGCCAGGGGGAGAGCCCGCAAACUCACUCUUUGUCCCUCGCUACAGGCCAAUACAUCAACAUGGCCCCGUGACAGCAUGGCUCCCCCCGAGCUGGGAGAGACGCGCCCCUCACCUACCGGCCUCAGUGACCUCCUGGCGGCAUCUAACCUCAGAUCGGCUCCUGGAGACCCACGUUAGCCUGUCAGGGUUCUCUAGCCUGGCGGCGACCUGUGGCAGAGCCAACUGUGUGGCUUCUCUCUUCCCCGUGGUGAGCCUUUCCCCGAGAAGAAAGCCCGGGCGAAGUUCCAGCAGGGCCCCCGGGCUCCCGAGGAGCCGUGGCUGCUGAUGCCGGCUUCUUAAUCCACCCACUGGCUGGCUGGACUACCACGCCAAGGGCCCAUCAAUCAUGCUACAGUGCAGGCACGCUCAGGAGUUCAGCUUUGGCCCGCGAGCCCUGAAGGAUGCCCUCAUCUCCACCGACCCCGCCCUGCAGGACCUCUACGCCAAGGCUUUCUCCAAGACCGAGAGACUCUUCCUCUCUGAGGCCUACAACCCUCAGAGGACCCUCUUCUGCACCCUGCUCAUCAGGACAGCCUUCGACUGGCUCCUGAGCCAUCCUGACGCCCCAGAAGACUUUGAGACCUUCUACUACUCCUCGCUGAGGCGGAAACAGAGCGUCUUCCGAAAGCACAUCUACCUGCAGCCGAUAGAUCUGAGUGAGGGCCCUCUGGGGAGCUCCCUGCUUGGCUGCCUGAGGAGCUGCGUGGAGUCUUUUUUCCUGGGUCUGCACGUGAAGUGCCUUCCCUCCAUCCCAGUCUCCUCCAUCCCCUGCUGCUUUCGCCACAACCGGGACUCCGACAGGAUCCAGCUCCAUGCAGAUGGCAUCCUGACCUUCCUGAAAAACAACAAGCCCGUGGAUGCUUUAUGUGUCCUCGGUCUCACCCUCACCGACCUGUACCCUUGUGAGACCUGGAGCUUCACCUUUGGCAAAUUCCUGCCCGGGCAAGAAGUGGGUGUCUGCAGCUUUGCCAGGUUUUCAGGCGAUUUCUCCCAGGCGGGUCCCGGUACCUCAGAACCGGCCCUGGGUGCCAAGGACGUUUCCGAAGUUACCUUGAGGGAGAGGGACCGGACGCUGCUCUUCGGCAAGGUAGAAAUGGUCCAGUGCUGCAAGGUAACGUGCCAUGAGAUCUGCCAUUUGAUUGGCUUAGGGAAUUGCCGCUGGCUGCGUUGCGUCAUGCAGGGAGCCCUGAGCACGGAUGAGGCACUGUUACGGCCCCUGGAACUCUGCCCCAUCUGCCUGAGGAAACUGCAGUACGCGGUCGGCUUCAAGCUCAUCGAACGCUACAAGAAACUCUACGAGUGGAUACAAACUCUGGCCACAACAUGGAGCGGGCGGGAGUCGGCUGACCUGUCGGCGUCUGAGGACAACCUCCCUUUUAGCGCCGACUCCGGGAUGUGCUGCGAGAACGAUUCUGAAGCCGUAACGAGCCUGUCGGAGCCCCUCACCCCAGAUGCGAGCAAUCACGCCUUCUCCAUGGAGCCGGAGCUGGAGCCGGAGGAGGGCCUGAGCUCGUUUGCCGAGCUGGACAGCCAGCAGCAGCUUGGGGGUGCUGCCAAGUCCUCCGAGAUCAUCAAAGAGUAUGAACUCUGGCUGACGGCUUGCAUCGCAGCCCUGGAACGGGAUGUCUCGGAAGAGGAGCUGGCCCGAGUGGAUCGAGAGGUGGAUGCCUUGGCGAGGUGGGAGAUGUUCACGGGGCAGCUCCCUGCCACCAGGAAGGACCUGAACUUCAGCAGAGAUAGCGUAGGACUCCGGAAAGUCUUGGGGGACAAAUUCUCCUCCUUACGCCGGAAGCUGAGCACGAGAAAACUAUCCAAAGCCGAGCCUUCACCUCACGGUUGGGGAUGGGAAGAGCAUUAGCUUGGAGCGGCGGCCUUCCGUUCCUCUCCAAGACCGCUCUCGCGGCAAGCCAGUCCUUUCUGUCUCUCCCUUCCUCCUCCCCAUUUCGAAGAUGACACCCACAUCCGGAAUCGAGCUAAUGGGGAACCAACGAGGGGAUUAAAGGAAGUCUCCUUAGUAGUUUACAGUGUUGAUUGGGUUUCAAUCAUUUCCUUCCAGCCCACUGAGCUUUCUCUCCAGUCCCCGCCCUAGGCCUCAUUUGCCAUUCCCUCAGCUUCGAUCCCGCAGCCGGCCCGGCAGAUGCGGAUGGCUCGACCUCAGAGAGUCUUGCAGGACUGUGGUUAUCUAACCACACGGCGCUUUCAGAGUCAGGGACAGGCAGAGAGUUUUCAGCACACGGCAAGCAAAGGGUUGGGCCCGGGGUCUCUCUUCCCGCUUUCCAGAAGCACCACUGGUGCCACCCCACUGCGGGUCGACAUCCCUGUUGACGUUCAGAGAGGGAAAACCACAUCUGCUCCUCACCCCCUCCUUGGCUCCCGCAACUGGAAACCUGGAAUCCCCUUGUGGGUGGGCCCCGGGGCCUGACGCUCAUAGCCGGAGAGAGCGGCGCAUCUGGGCCCGCGGGGAGAGGAGGAAGGAAGCGGCGCAGCCUGUCUCUUGUUCCAGGCUGGGACCCGAGUGUUGGCUGGGUCUCUCUGGUUAUUUAUAGCUGGGAGUUCUAGAAGCUGACAGGAUUUCAGGCGGGGAGGGACAGAGGGAGCGCACCGACCCUUCCUCUGCCACAGACAGACUUGCCAUUCCCAGGCUGAUAACGAGCCUCCCCCUACCCACGGAAAAUGGGGAGACUUCUCUUUGAAAAAAAAAAAAUCUAAAAUGUUGCAAAAGCCCCUUUGCAAGUCAAAUCGGUACAAACCCGGAGGGUUUUGAUGAUUAGAGCACGUCGACGAAGAAAGUGGAUCAUUUCUACCUCCUCACAGUCACCCUCCCCCCGAAUACAGAAGUGGAGAUUGCCUGUUUUUGUCUAAUUUUAGUUCACAUACUAUUGCGGAGGAGGGUAUCCAGGGUAGAGUAGCUAGCGUCAAAGGCAGAAAAACUUCCCUUUCUCUUCUCCCUUUAGGCAGAUAUAAGCGGUAGCUGGCCUAGCAGCAAGGGCUUGCAGGGAAAGGAGACCACUGAGGACCUGAGUUCUGAAAGCCUAAGCAGCUGACUAUGGGGAAAGGACAGGAGGUCAUCAGUUCUGAAUCCUCCUUGCAGUGAGGGAAAUGGAACGGAGGAAGUCGUCACUUUUUUCAGAGAGCAAAAAUCCAGAAAUGGCUAAUUGGGCCAAGAGUCUUUUUUUCUUUUUAAGGCUACUGAUUUCUCCUCAGCCCCAUCACCUUCUGGAAGGUGGGGAGAGCUGAAUCCAGUAAAGUGCCAAUCCUGUAGGGGAGGGCUCAGAACUAAUAAAGGACAAGAUAUUUGCUCAGAAACAGCA